AUGCCCAGCGAAAUUAAAAGCACGAGCACCAGACAUCGGAGAGCCGAGGAAGUGAUUGGUGGAAACGCGGAAGCUAUUCAAACCCUCAGAGAUCUCAUUACAUUUCCUUGGCGUCUCUUACCUUGUGAUGCAAAGAGACUUGGAGUUAAAUUUGGAAGAGGUGUUUUAUUACAUGGUUCACCUGGCACCGGAAAGACGAGUUUGGUACGGGCAGUUGUUGAAGAAUGUGGGGCACUUUUGACGAAUAUAAGCCCAAACACCAUUCAUAGCGCACAUGUUGGUGAAAGUGAGAGAAAUCUCCGCGAGGCUUUUUCAGAGGCAUCUUCUCACGCAGCCUUGGGCAAGUCAUCUGUUAUCUUUAUAGAUGAAAUAGAUGUACUUUGUCCUCGCAGAGAUUCCAGGAGGCUUAUUGCUUCCCAACUUCGUUUUUUGAUGGACUCAAACAAAGCAACCUCUUCUACACCGGGGGUAGUUGUGGUUGCAUCAACUAACAGGGUGGAUGCAAUCGACCCUGCCCUAAGAAGGAACGGGCGUUUUGAUGUUGAAAUUGAAGUUACAGUCCCAAAUGAAAAGGAGCGCCUUCAAAUUCUAGAGCUGUAUACAAAGAAGAUCCCUCGGGAUUUACGUGACUUAGAAUUCAUUGCUGCAUCAUGCAAUGGUUAUGUUGGAGCUGAUUUGGAGGCUUUGUGUCGUAAAGCUAUCGAAUCUGCCAUUAAAAGGUCCAAAAAUGCAAAUAAAGAUGUUAAUGAUUCCAGUUUAACGAUGAAAGAUUGGAAGAGUGCAAGGUCUCUUGUUCAACCAAGUAUAACAAGAGGCAUUACUGUGGAAGUUCCCAAAGUGACUUGGAAAGAUAUUGGGGGAUUGAAAGACGUGAAGACAAAGCUCGAGAAAGCUAUUGAGUGGCCUAUAAAGUAUCCUGAUGCAUUUUCAAGACUUGGAAUAACCCCUGUUCGUGGAAUUCUUCUCCACGGGCCUCCAGGAUGUUCCAAAACUACUCUUGCUAAAGCUGCUGCAAAUGCUGCUAAUGUUCCAUUUUUCUCCUUGAGUGGUGCAGAAUUAUUUUCAAUGUAUGUCGGAGAAGGAGAAAGUUUGCUUCGGGAAAUAUUUCGUAAAGCACGGCUUGCUGGAAAAAGUAUAAUAUUUUUUGAUGAAGCUGACGUAGUAGCUGGCAAACGGGGUGAUAGUUCGAGUGGUAGUGCUGUAGUCGGAGAAAGGCUUUUAUCAACUCUGCUUACCGAAAUGGAUGGUUUAGAAGAAGCUAAAGGAGUCCUUGUUUUAGCAGCCACAAACCGCCCUUAUGCAAUUGAUGCUGCACUUAUGCGUCCCGGACGAUUUGAUCAGAUUUUGUAUGUGCCACCACCUGAUUUGGAGGGUCGAGUUGAGAUACUUAAUGUACACACACGUAGGAUGCAAUUAGGGGGUGAUGUUGAUCUCAGAAGACUAGCAGAAGAUACCGAGUUCUUCACGGGUGCUGAACUAGAGGGAUUAUGUAAAGAAGUUGGAAUAGUAGCUCUAAGGGAAAACAUGGACGCGACUGUUGUUUUUGACCGUCAUUUUCAGAUUGUGAAGAAUUCUUUAAAACCAGCAUUAACAGCCGAUGUCAUUGAUUCAUACUCGUCUUUUAGAAGAACCUCAUCUCGGGUUUUGCCUAAGAUUGACCAAGAACAUAGAGAUGGUUGA